UGCAACAAUCUUAAGGACUUAUAGCAUUAUUCAGGCUUCUGAAUCUUCCUGUGAUGAUUACUACCUUUUUUGCUGGAUGCAAUUCCCAGACUUCCCAUGACUGGUCAUACAGUAGCAACGGAAAAUGGGAAGUAAAGGUCAAAUUCCACCCCCUCAUAUGAGGCAUCCUCUCCCUGGCCCUGGCAUGGUACAUUCUGACCCAUUUGGUCUAGGAAUUCCACCCCGUCCAGUUCCUUUUCCACAUUUUGAUAUGUUGCCACCUCCAGAAAUCAUGGAACAAAAGCUUGCUGCACAGCAUGUGGAGAUGCAGAAACUUGGUACAGAAAACCAGAGAAUCGCUGCUACCCAUGGGACAUUGAGACAGGAACUUGCUGCUGCACAGCAUGAAUUGCAGAUUUUGCAUGCUCAGAUAGGAGCCGUAACAUCUGAAAGAGAACAACAAAUGAAGAGCCUUACGGAUAAAAUAGCUAAGAUGGAAGCUGAAUUGAAGGCAGCUGAGCCUGUUAAGACAGAGUUGCAGCAGGCACAUUCUGAAGCUCAGAAUUUGGUUUUAGCUAGGGAAGAACUUUUGUCCAAAGUGCAUCAAUUAAAUCAAGAAGUUCAGAGAGCUCAUGUAGAUGUGCAACAGAUACCAGCUUUGAUGGCAGAACUUGAAAGCCUCAGACAGGAAUAUCUGCAUUGCAGGGCUACAUUUGACUAUGAGAAGAAACUUUACAACGAUCACCUUGAAUCACUUCAGGUGAUGGAGAAAAAUUAUAUGACCAUGACAAGGGAAGUGGAGAAGCUUAGAGCGGAGCUGACGAAUGCUUCUAAUGUUGAGAAAAGAAUCGAUGGCUCAUAUAUGGAACCAAAUGCAGUUGGGCAAUAUGGCAGUGCUGCAGGAAACAAUGAGAAUGAUGCUUAUGGACAUCCUGUGGGACAAAAUGCAUAUGAAGAUGGUUAUGGUAUUGACCAGAGACAUGGCUCUCUACCACCUGCUGCUAUGGGUGCAAAUGUAGGUGCGAGUUAUGUUUAUGCUGGAAGUCAAUCCGGGUCAGGACCUGCACCUACAAGGCCCGGGUACGAGAUGUCUAGAGGACGUGCCAAUGAUUUUUCGAGAACGACUGAUUAUGAAUCACAAAGGGUGCCAGUUUAUGAUGUACAGAAAGGACCUGGUUACGACGGUCAAAGAGCCCAUGUCUAUGAUCAACAAAAAGAAGCUGGCUAUGACACCCAAAGAAGCUCUGUAAAUGAUCCAUCCAGUGGUGCAACCUAUGAUGCAGCAGCAAGAAGCUUUGCAGUGCCACGCGGUCAAGGAGCACCCCAGAAUAACGGACCUUAUGGAUCUGCAACACCUCCUGGUCGAGCUGGAAACGCAUACGGUGGAAAUCCUGCUAGGAGGUGAGAAUAAUAUCAUUCA